ACACCUCAUUCCACUACUUUCUUUUUAUUGCAAAUCUUAGAUCUCCCUCGAUCCUUUUUCUCUCAUAAAUCAAACAAGAAAAACUUUUCUAUUGAAUAAUAAAAAGGGCUUUGAAAACCAAAGAGAGGCAAAGAUAAACAAGGUCAAGAAUUGACAAUAUAGAGAAAGAAUGUCACCACAGAACACCCCCUUUAUACCCCUCUCCUUCCAAUAAGGAUUGUUGGAGAAAAUUGAUGGGUCGGGUCUGAAAAUCUUGAGAACACUCGAAAAAGCAUCGAAAAAAUGAGUCUUGCUUUAAUCCUCUUUGUGGGUUGAAAGAUUUUUUGAAGAUUGAAAAAGAUAAUUGUAGCUUGAAAUUGUUAAUAGAAUUUACUUGAAUGUGAGGGAUUUCCAAAAGUGGGCAUUAGGUUACAUUGAGUAUAUUUAGAUACAUUGUUAAGAGGGAUGCUCGAAUUUCGAUGAUGGAAAGAAUGCAAGAAGUGUAUGAUACAACGGAUAUAGUGAGUGGUGUUAACCCUCUUUGAUUGAUCAGAACGAGUGAACUGUGCUUAGACAAUAAAGCAAAAGAGUGAAGUGAGAAAGUGUUGUUGGCGUUUAGGUGGGGUUAGAUAGAUGGAGCUUGAGCUGGAUUUGAGGGAGAUAUUAAUGAAAAUUUCAGAUGAAAAGAACAAAGAUGAGGAAUAUACAAAUGUUGAUUUGAAGAAUGGUAUCGAGGCUGGCGAUUUUGUUUCCAGUAAUAGACACUCUAUGAAGUUUGAUGGAAAGAUAAGCGUGGAUCUCAAUGAAUGUAUUGUAAAGACUGUUGAUGACAAGAGCAGUGUUGGUCACGAUGACAAAUGUUUUGAGUUUGUCAGUGGAAGGAGAAUUGAUGACUGUGGCACAGAUGAGAUUGGGCUAAUGAAGUCAGGUGUUGUUAGGGAAGAUGAGAACAGUAGGAAGAGGAAACGAGAGUCUUACACGGACUUGCUGAGGUGGGUUACUAACGUUGCGAAAGAUCCUUGUGAUCCUAUCAUUGGGUCUUUGCCAGAAAGGUCUAAGUGGAAGUUUUACAGGAAUGAUGUAAUCUGGAAGCAGAUUCUGCUGCUGCGAGAUGAAAUGCUUCUGAAAAAGAGUACAGAUACAAGUGCUCAAUGCUCAAUAUGGCAGAUAAAACAGAAGAUGCAUCCAUCUAUGUAUGACAAUAACGCUUCUCUUGAGAGAGUGAGAUGCAGCAGGCGGGUCCUAUUAGCUAAAAAUCCAUUGAAGAAGACACCUUUUUCAGCAGUGUCAUCCUCAAGCUCUCCAAGUGAUGAGGAUCCGAUUGAUGGACUUGCUGAUUCUUCUGCCGAGUCAGGAGUUGGUCUUUUUUGGAACCAGCGUCGAAAGCGAAUACCAGUUGGGCCACAGUUUCAAGCAGAUAUUCCUGAAUGGAGACAUGAGAAAUGUGAAAGUGACUCCAAAUGGUUGGGUACCCGAAUCUGGCCACUAGACAAACAAGAACAAAACAGCAUGUUAAUCGAAAGAGAUCCUAUUGGAAAAGGAAGGCAAGAUACAUGUGGCUGCCAAUACCCUUCUUCUUAUGACUGCAUCAAGUUUCAUCUUACUGAGAAACAGAAGAAGGUUAAACUUGAGUUGGGAUCAGCUUUUUAUUGGUGGAAAUUUCACUUGAUGGGUGAAGAAGUUGCACUUUCUUGGACAAAACAAGAAGAACAGAAAUUCCAGGAUAUAGUGAAAAUGAACCCUUUGUCGACAGAAAAGAGUUUUUGGAAUGAAAUAUUCAAUUUCUUUCCUAACAAAAGCAGGGAGUCUUUGGUCAGCUACCACUUUAAUGUCUUCCUUUUACGGUGCAGAGGUCACCAGAAUCGGACUAUUGCAAGUAAUAUCGACAGUGAUGAUGAUGAACCACAGUACAGACCUAGAACUAAUUGUUUCGGGAGGGAUUCUGAAUUCUCCAUCUUUUGUCCCCCGAGGAAAGCACAUACGGAUACCAGAUAGUAAUUGAAUGUUUAUAUACCACGACGUUGUUCAGAAAUGUACAUUGCAGGUUUUUUUAUUGUGCUUUUGCUCAUCAAUAUUUUAUUGGCAAAUAUUUUACAGGGAAGAUACGUAAUAUCAUCUGAAAAUUGUAUAUUUUGAGGUGAUGGAUUUUUUGGUUACAAGAAGGUUUAUGGAUUUCCUUUCUGCUUA